AUGGCGAAAGCAGUUCGCGACUACGGUGCUGCCCGUCUCCGAUCACCACCGCGGACCGGACUGUUUUCUCGGCGAUGGCGCGGACACAAGACACAUGCCGCAAGACGAAAGAUUAUUCUCGCGUUGUUGGUGCGUCGUCUGCGUCGCAAGAAGAACAGGUCUCUCUACAUAAGGGAUAUAUUUGACAAGCGUCCAGAGUAUGGAGAAUACCACCACCUAGUACAGGAGCUUCGGCACAGUGAUCCUGAAUAUCAUUUCAAGUACUUCAGGAUGACAAAGGCAUCAUUCAACAAGCUGCUGAGCCUUGUUUACCACAGGCUUGUUCAUCCUCCAACUCACAGGAGACCCAUCUCACCGGCAGAGAGGCUCGGGGUGACAUUGAGAUUUCUGGUCACAGGAGGGUCCAUGGAGGACAUUGCAUUGAGCUACCGAAUGCAUGCUUCUACUGUAGCUAGCAUACUGAAGGAGCAUUACCAGCGAUCUGGGACUGCUUGAGGCCCCUGGUACUCGCACGCCCAAGCACACAGAGCCUCUUGUUUACCGGUUUCCGGUGGUCGUUCUGCCAAUGGUGGCGGCGUUGCUGGCAUUGAUAGCUCCUGUGGGGAAUCCAUGGGACUUUCAACACCUGAGGGUGAUGGCGGUGUAUUUUCCAUAGUUGCAAAGAUGCUCUCGGCGGUCUCGCCAUCAUCACCAUAAGUGGCUGGCUCCAGACUGCAUGUCGUUCUGCAGAGAAAAGGCAUACAUUGUUGCAAAGGGAAACAUGUGCACGACUGUCAGCUAAAAGCAUACAGCUGUCCCCUUUAAAUUUGGAUGCAUCGCUCGCUCAGAAUGCCGAAGGAUUAUUCGGACCGAUAGUAUCAUGUGUACACUACAAUACCGCUCUACUCACUUAAAGAAAAA